UUUGGCGGCCAUUUUGCCCAAGUUUACAUGAUCUGUGUUUGUUUUGAAGGUCCGAUUUCUACUAAUACUUGAAAAUGGCAAGCAAAACCGGGACACCGACGAAAACCUCGAAGAGGACAGUAACUACGACAACUUAUACCCAACGGUCAUCAGGGGAAGAGACCCCUUCCACGAGCUCUGCCUCGCCGGGUCGGCGCGGCGUGCGAUCUCCCUCACCGGCGAGGUUGACCCGUCAAAAUGAAAAAGACCAACUGCAAAAUCUGAAUGAUCGCUUGGCAUCAUAUAUUGACAGGGUCAGAUUUCUGGAAGCAGAAAAUAGUAAACUGACAGUGCAGAUCAAAUCCGUGGAGGAGACUGUGAACAGAGAUAGGUCCAAUAUAAAAGCUGUAUUUCAGACGGAGCUUGACGAUGCUAGACGUCUCUUGGACGAGACUGCUAAAGAGAAAGCACGUUUACAGAUCGAAGUAGGAAAGUACAAAGAGGAAUCGGAAGACUGGAAACUCAAAUAUCACAAAAAGGAUCGAGAACUGAGAGAUGCGGAAAAUCAGAAUACAGCACUCCUCAAAGAAAACGCAGACCUGGAAAACCGAGCGACCAAUGCGGAGAACCAGAGGAAGCAGUUGGAAAAGGAGUGCAAUAAACUUCGAAGUGAUUUGGCCGCACUGGAGAGACAGUUAGCCACAGCGAAGAAACAGCUAGAGGAUGAGACACUACUUCGUGUUGACCUACAAAACCGUAUUCAGAGCCUCAAGGAGGACCUCUCCUUCAAAACUCAAGUGUACGAACAGGAAUUGAAUGAGACCCGUGUAAGAACAACACAAGAGAUAGAGGAAGUAGAUUCGUCUGUGCGCAUGGACUAUGAGGCCAAGCUACAAGAAGCGCUCCAGAGUUUGAGAGAAGAACAGGAUAUACAGCUUCGAGAAGUUCGCCUUGAGGUUGAAAGUCUCUAUGAGAGGAAGAUCGGUGAUGUGCAGUCGGCCCUCGACAGGAGCAUGAAUAGCUCAAAUGUAUCGUCACAAGAUCUCCUGUCGACCCGUAAACGCCUUGAUGAGAUGUCGUCUGAAGUGACAAAGCUUCGUGCACAGAAUGCUGCUUAUGAGGCACGCAUUGCUAACCUCGAAUCCCAGUUGGCACGUGACCAGGAGGAGUUCCUUGAACGUAUAGCCCAGAAAGAUCAAGAGAUCAAUGAUCUACGUAUAACACUGGACGAACAGACACAGGAGUAUGCUGACCUAUUGGAUAUCAAGAUUAAGCUGGACAAUGAAAUCAUGGCUUACAGGAAACUUCUGGAGGGUGAGGAAGAAAGAUUGAACUUGUCACAGACUUCUUCCACUUCUGAGUCAACUCCUGGACGAUCUGUAGCACGAGGUGCCAAGCGCAAGCGAGUUGCACUUUCUGAUACUGUGGAGGAGUUUAGCCAGUCAUCUUCCAGCUCUGGUUUUGCUACAACAUCUUCAGCUAGCGGCCAUGUGGAAAUUAAAGAAACUGAUGGUGAAGGGCAGUUCAUUAAGAUUUUCAACACAUCAGAUGAGGAUAUUCCUAUUGGAGGGUGGCAGCUGAAACACACAGCCGGAAAAGAAGGCAGUGAAAAAUCUACUCUCUACAAAUUCCACAGAAGUCUACUUCUACGAGCCAAUCAGUCCUGUACAGUAUGGAGUUCUGGUUUAGGUAAGACACACAGCCCACCUUCUGAUUUGGUGAUGAAAACGCAGGAAUGGGUUACCAACGGUGACAUGAAAACUGUCCUCAUCAACAGUGAUGGCGAGGAGGUAGCAUCAAGAGAAAUGUCCAAGACACUAGCACGAACCACACAGUCCUUUCGUACAAGUCGAGGCUUUGAUGAUGUUGAUGCAGGCCGAGGAAGUGAUAGAUGCUCUAUCAUGUAGAACAGCAGGCAGGAAAAGGAGUUGGAUUUUGGGAGAUGUGUAGACCAUGGACCCCAGGAUAACUGUACACCAACAUUUCUUCAAAAGUGCCAAGGAUGCACGCUUUCGUUCAGGGUGGAAUGGUGUCGAAUCUCGUUUUUCUAUGUAUUUGUGUUCUCCGAUUGUUUUUUGAGCAUCGUGGGAAUUGAUUCAACAAAUAUCUACACCAGGUUUUGCUUUGAUUAAAAUGCAUUCAGGGAAUUGUGAAAUUUACUGGAUGUAAAGUGAUCCUGUUUACAUGUCUAAUUUAUUGUUAUAGAAAAUUCAAAAUUAUGUUGGUGUGAUAUUGGUCAUGUUUUGGUAGGACAUCUUCCUGCUGAAUAUAAAUCAACCAUUUAAACUUAGGACACUGACAACUUGUUAAAAUUUUCACUUUUAAGUGAUUUAAUUUCUUUUUGAGAAGUUUUGUUACUUCAUUUCUGAUUUGUAGCAAAGAUCAUGAAAACCCAUCAAUCCAUGUUGCUGUGUUUAUUUCAUUUUUUUGUUUGUUUUUUGCACCAAGUUCUUACAAAUACUUACAAAUCUUAACCAUGUGAGAGUAGUAGUAGUUCAAUCAACGUCACAUCAGUUGAAAAAUUUUAAAUAUGUAGAAUGUGUUGUGAAAAAUAAGAACCUAGCGUGGAUGACUGAUUUAUGGUUUAUUAGCUAGGUAUGUCAUUUGCUGCCUUUCCUACCUCAAACAUGUUUAGAGGUAAAAUAUUCAACAGGAACGACAUUUGAUUGCUGGCUCCAUUUUUUCGAGUCGAGAUAAGUACUAACAAAAACACCACAUUUUGCUGUCAAACACGCUGCCAUUUCUGUUCACUCAUUUCAUUUGUAAUCUAUAUUCAUAUCACUGAAAUUGUUAUUCAAAUGUCUUCCUGUGCAAGACUGUUAAAUAGUUAAAUAUCUUAAGGUUUAUUUCUGUUUAAAAAUCUGAAUUGAAAACCUGACAAAUUGAUGCCGAAAAUCUGUAUUGGAUAUGAAAGAUGGUAUCAAACUGACAUGUUAAUUCCACACCAUAAAUAAUUAACAACACAUGUGUUGAUUAAAAUAGUAUGCUUAAAUUUGCUUACAAGUAAGGCAGCUUGAAAUGGUGUACAUAUUUCCUGGCUAUAUCUGUUAUAGACACAAGGUGUACCAAAUUUGCCUUUAAUAUUUAAUUCCAGCAUAAUGUGACGUCACUUGGCAAUUUCCAGUAAUCACAUCAGAAAUGGAUACAGCACUUAAUAUCGCAACUCAAAUUUUAUUGAAUAUUGUGGAAAGAUAAAGGGUGUUUUAUUUAUGUUGGAAGAUUUGAAACGUUUAUGAUAGCAACUUGUUAUUGAUAGUAUUUAUGUGUUUGUUGAUCCAGUGGACGAUUCCUGCCUUGUUGAUGUCGUGUUAUGUUAAUGUCUGGUUGUGGUUUAUUUUUGUCCAUUCAUAGGAUUCAUAUUCUAUAAAAACAGAAAUUGUGUGGAAACUUUACAUGUCAUAUAUAUAAUUUGCGUAUAAUGUCUCUCAUUUUAUUGAUAUUUACAUAUAUACAUAUAAUUUUUUUCAUUCGAAUUCAUAAUAUUGAUUUUUCAAAGCUUUCUCACUUGAAAUUUGAUUUCAGUUUUGUCAAUUUCGCAAUUUGCGCCAUUAAAAGUACAUGGUUUAAUUAUAUAGUAAAAGUUUAUUUGCUAGAUGUCUUCCAUGUAAACCAUAGCUUUUUAACAAGGAAAAUCUUGUUUUUUAAAAAGUGCAAUAAAAAGAGGUCAUUGUUCGAUGAUUUCACAAUUUACGAGGAUUUUCUUGAUGAGUUCCCUGUAGGUAGGGUACCCAUUGGUCUUGCUAGAUGGACUGAAGCAAUCCUGAUGAAGUGUGGUGUCAGGGACACCAUACCAAUUUUUAUCACUUGGAUCUUCUGAACAGAACAGUUUAAUAUAACCAUGCUAUCCUUUUAGUUUCUGAACAGGAUAUGUUCAUGUGAUUGGCUUUGAUUAAUCAUUAUUCCAUGUCUUUUCACACUAGUCACUUCGGUGGUCUUCGGUAACAGUGGUUUUAAGUCCAGGCGUUUCCUCUCUUCAUUGACUCUCAUAUCAUACCCUCAAUAGAUAUUGCCAUUUAAAAGUGGAGAAAAGGCAGCUUAUAAUAAGCUGGGGAAAAAAUUGUUCUCGAAAAAAAUCUAAAUUUGAAAAGACGGAAAAUUUGCUUCAGCAUUGGUUGAAUAAUUUAUUUAGGCGUUGGUUGAAUCAUAAAUUUUUUGACUGUAAUAUUUUGAUAUCUGUCAGAAAAAACAAAUAUGCUAGAGAGGAAGCGUUGUCUUAAAGGUGGACUUUUCAUCAUUAUUAUUUGAGAAAUCUUGUAUAACCCUGAAAAAACUUGCCUUACAUGUGUAGUACAUUGUUUAGCACUAAUUAGUCAUUAUUUUCAUUUAUCUUUAAUAUAUUAAGUGUUUUAAAAAUAUAUACUUAUACUCCCUGCAUGUAGACCUAAUGCACUAUAAAACAGUAAUUUGUCAAUAGCAGUGUAAAAGAACUACAUUUGGCAGAUUUACAAUUAAAAGAUCUAAGUGUGAUGAUGUGAUUAGGUAACCGUUACAAAUUUGUUUGGUAUGUUUAAUAACAUUUAAAUGUGAUGUUCUAUAGAUGAUAUAGGUUUACAUGUAUUUCGUCAUAAUAUUAUAGUCUGAUAUUCUAUUCUGUAGAGUUUGCAUGAUAUGGUAUCCUGGUGCAUCACAUACUAAUUUUCUGACCUUAAACUUUCAUUGUAGGAAUACUUUUGCUUGUCAUUUGAAAUUCCAUUUCAUUACCUUAUGCUCAACAUGGUAAUUAUGCUGUAAUUAUCGUGAAUUUUUCAUGGGUGCAAAUGUCUUGUUUGUAGACUUUGCAGCUUUGUGUACGCUACUAUUAUUGGUAUAUGCAAGGGGCCAUUCAUAAAUUCCACAUAUGGUAAAUGUAAUGUUUCUAGUUUCGUCAAUUCUUGACACAAUUUUCGGGAAAUAAUUACAGGUUUCGUGUACUAUCUGCUUGUGAACAUACAUAGCCUGGCUUAGUUAGCAGCUUCAAGCGAGUGACAUUAACACAAAUUCUUGUACCUCUAAACAAUAAUGGUCUUGUAGUCAAAGUCUGUGUGAUAUAAAUGUUUAGCUUAAAUACAAAUGUAAACAAAAUAUAUAUAUCAAACAUCAGGCGCUUUUCACAGAGAAGGGAAAAUUUUUUUAUGAUUUAUGUUCUGCAGAAGUGACAGUAUUGUAAAGUAUUUUAAAAACAUGUUUUGGUUUGCAUGUUCUCAUCUUCAAGCUAAUGAAUAUCAGUUGAUUUGCUUUUUUGACCAAAAUUCCUGAACUUGUCUAAUUUUAGAUGUGAUAGUGAUGAUUUUGUGAUUCAUAGUAUGGUUCUUGGAUUAUUGCAUUUGCACACAUCUUGAUUUCGACCACAAAAAUUCACGCAUGCAUUUAUCAUGUGAGAAAUAGAAACAAAAGAAUCAUAAGUGGUUUUCACUUCCUCUCAAAAAAAAAAAUUAUAUAAAA